AUGUCAUCUGCGGAUCAACUCGACGAGAUGACUGAAUCCCGCUGGUUUUCACGAUAUCUUCAACUUACCUUGAUGUGGCACCAGGCCCACUGUGAUCUAUACCGUCUCUUUAUUCCCACGCACCCGGAUUCUGCGCCGAAUAUUAUCACAGAUAAUGUCGAGGUGGCCUUCAAAGCUAAUGCAGUGAGCGCCUGUAUCACACAUUCAGAAGAGAUACAUGUGAUCCUUUCGAAGCUGGAGUCCAUGCCACGAAGGCUCGUAUUUCCACCUUCGGUUGCCAUAUGCGCCUAUCAAGCUACUAGGCUCUCUCUGUAUCUAUUGUAUCCUUCAAUCUUGAACUGGAAAGCCGACAUCAGCAGCUUUUUUAUGAAGGCAGAUCUUUCAUUAAGGAUUUUGCGACAAUUCUUUAUAUGUGCGACAGCUACGGAGCCCAUCAUUUAUGACUUGGAAAAUAUCGUGAAGAAGGCAAAAUCAGACCCGAAAACUAUUGAGAAAGAUAUGGACGAUUAUCCUUCCCAACCAGAAGAGCGUCUAGAUCGAAAUACACACCUUUCAGUGCACAGUUUGAUGCGACAAGCAAACUUUACUGAUGAUGGGUAUGAGUAA